AUGCCGGGGCUCGCCGCAGCGGACGCGUCGCCGCCGGCCGCGGCGCCGGCGCCGCGGCGGCUCUCCUCGCCGCUGCCGAGGCGGGCGCCGCCGUCGCCGUCCCCCUCCUCCGCGUCCCGCGCCGUCGGGAAGCCGGCGCGGAAGUCGCUCGGGCAGGGCCAGCACCCGGAGGCGACGGACGAGGCGGCGCUGGACAACCCGGAUCUGGGCCCCUUCCUGCUCAAGCAGGCGCGGGACGCCAUGGUGUCCGGCGAGGGCGGGGGCGCGGCGCGCGCGCUCGAGUUCGCCGAGCGUGCGGCCCGCGCGCUCGAGCGCCGCGGCGAGGGCGCCGAGCUCGAGCUCGCCAUGAGCCUCCACGUCGCCGCCGCGAUCCACUGCGGGCUCGGCCGGCACGCCGACGCCGUGCCCGUGCUCGAGCGCGCCGUCGCCGUCGUCACCCCGCCGCCCGCGCCGGCCCCCGUGGCCGAGGGUGAGGAGGUGCCGCAGCCGGAGGAGGAGGUGGAUGAGCGCAAGGGGGAGGAGUGGGCGCUCGCCGCCUUCUCCGGCUGGAUGCAGCUCGGCGACACCCACGCCAUGCUCGGCCGCAUGGACGAGUCCAUCGCCUGCUACGGCAAGGGCUUCGAGAUCCAGAUGGCCGCGCUCGGCGACCGCGACCCCCGCGUCGCCGAGACCUGCAGGUAUCUGGCGGAAGCGCAUGUGCAAGCUCUGCAGUUCGAUGAGGCAGAGAAACUGUGCCGCAAAGCCCUCGAGAUCCACCGGGAGCACAGUGCACCUGCAUCCCUCGAGGAGGCCUCCGAUCGCCGGCUGAUGGCCCUUAUCCUGGACGCCAAGGGUGACUAUGACGGCGCCCUGGAGCACCUUGUACUGGCUUCCAUGACCAUGGUUGCCAAUGGACGCGACGUCGAGGUUGCGACGAUUGAUGUCGCGAUAGGCAACACUUACCUGGCCCUUGCUCGUUUCGACGAGUCUGUCUUCUCAUACCAGAAGGCUUUGACUGUACUCAAGUCUGCCCGUGGCGACGACCACCCUUCAGUGGCAUCUGUCUUCGUCCGCCUUGCUGAUCUCUAUCACCGCACAGGGAAGCUCCGUGAGUCCAAAUCCUACUGUGAGAAUGCUCUCCGUGUCUAUGCAAAGCCCGCGCCUGGUGCUGCCCCUGAUGAGGUUGCUGGAGGCCUAAUGGAGAUUGCUGCCAUCUAUGAGGCGCUUGGAGACCUUGAUGAGGCCCUAAAGCUUCUUCAAAGGGCACUGAAGUUGCUCGAGGACUCACCAGGGCAGUGGAGCACUGUUGCUGGGAUCGAAGCACAAAUGGGUGUGUUGUACUACAUGAUAGGGAGGUAUGCCGAUUCAAGGAACUCGUUCGAGAGCGCGGUUUCCAAAUUGAGGGCCAGUGGGGAAAGGAAGUCGGCAUUUUUCGGUGUUCUGCUGAACCAGAUGGGGCUAGCUUGCGUACAGCUGUUCAAGAUUGAUGAGGCUGCACAGCUGUUUGAAGAAGCACGGGCAGUUCUAGAGCAGGAGUGUGGUGCCUCUCAUCCUGAUACUCUUGGCGUAUACAGCAACCUGGCUGCGAUCUAUGAUGCCAUGGGAAGGGUGGAGGACGCGAUUGAGAUCCUGGAGCAUGUGCUGAAGGUGCGGGAGGAGAAGCUGGGCACGGCGAACCCGGACGUGGAGGAUGAGAAGAAGCGGCUGGCGGAGCUGCUGAAGGAGGCGGGGCGGUCCCGGAACCGGAAGCAGAAGUCGCUGGAGAACCUGUUCGGGUCCGGCGGUGCUGCGCGGGGCGCCAAGAAGGACGGCUCCGGGGGCAGGCGGUGGACCAACUUCGGGUUCAGGAGCUGA